AUGCACUCACAGUCUACGAGGCUAAUUUUACAGCAGGAAGUGAAGGCUGUAGUGUCGACCACGUUACCGAUGACUUGGUACUACGGUGAACUAUCCCAAACGCGUCGAGUAAUCACUUUCACCUUCAAACACGGGCUCAGCUCAGUGGACCCCCCAAACACACAACACCAGCCCGGACCCCCGGAGAACCCCAGUAGGACCCCAGACCACACCUGCUUACCAGCCGGACCCCAGGAGAACCCCAGUAGGACCCCCAGACCACACAACACCAACCCAGACCCAGGAGAACCCCAACAGGAACCCCAGACCACACAACACCAACCCGGACCCCAGGAGAACCCCAGCGGGAUCCCCCACACAACACAAGCCGGACCCCAGGAGAACCCCAGUAGGACCCCCAGACCACACAACACAAGCCCGGACCCCAGGAGAGGGGGGCCCCAGUGGGACCCCCAGACCACACAACUGGCCGGACCCCAGGAGACCCAGCAGGAUCCCCCAGACCACACAGGCUUCCAGCCCGGACCCCAGGAGAACCCCAGUAGGACCCCCAGACCACACAACACCAGCCCGGACCCCAGGAGAACCCCAACAGGAACCCCCAGACCACACAACACCAACCCGGACCCCCCAGGAGACCCCAGUGGGACCCCCAGACCACACAACACCAACCCGGACCCCAGGGAGGAGGGAACCCCAACAGGAUCCCCCACAACUAAGCCGGACCCCAGGAGACCCAGUGGGACCCCCAGACCACCUGGCACAAGCCCCGGACCCCAGGAGGGACAGUGGGACCCCAGACCACACAACACAAGCCCGGACCCCAGGAGAACCCCAGCAGGAUCCCCAGACCACAUAACACAAGCCCGGACCCCAAGAGAACCCCAGCAGGACCCCCAGACCACACAACACCCAGGAGAACCCCAGCAGGACCACAGGGAAUAUUUUGUGAUUUCAGCCUUGUUGUGUGACCUACAGUGA